UUUUUGAAUAAUGAAGACUUGUUGUAUUCAAGUCCGAAGCAUAAAGAACCUGUUCUUAAGAAUAAGUUCUUAAGGAACAUAGACUUUUCAUCAGACAAGUCUAUAAUCAGAAGAAAAACCCAAAGGUUUUACUCAAGAUAAUCUCAUAGGCCCAGAAUGAGCACAUCUUUGAAUUCAAGAAAUUGUGACAGGUGUGUGCUUCCCUUAAUGAUAUAGGCUAGGUAGGUCUCCAGCUGCUGAUCGUAGUUCACCAUAUUAAGAAAUGGAACCAGCUUAGAGAAAGUACCAAUAUUGGCAACAAAAAAUUCACGGUUUCCAAGUUUGCCAAUAAGAGCAGAGCAACUAAUAAUAGAACAGCCAGUAUUAAUAAUUGAUCUAUUACUACCAAAGAUUGAGUAUAAAACACACUAAAAGAUUAAAAUCGGUAAAGAGUAUAUUCAGUGAUGAUUCUGAAACUAUUCCAGUAGAGAAGAAGCUCUUAAAUAUGAUUCAUUCCAAAUAUGUCAGUCCAAGAUCGAGGAAGCACGACCCCUCAUUUGAAAGUGUAUUUUCCCAUCCUAUUAAUGAUCCAAAGCUGUCUUGUAUCAUGCAUGAGAUUAGUACUUUUGAUUCGAAGUUACAAAAAUGAAGAAAAACUAAAAAUGUAAACCAAACUAGAGGUCGAAGGAUCAAAUUGCAUAGCCAAAAUGUUAAAUUAUUCGAAACUAUUAGACCUUUGAAGUCUAAUCCAAUCACCUAAAAAAACAAAUACUCAAAAUUUUAUGACUAAAAUUCCUUCAAGAGGAUUUCAAACUUCAUGGAAUUUCAGUCCAAAAACAAACAAAAACAUGAUCCCAAAAUAUCACCCUACUAUUCAAACCCAUCUUAAAAAACCAAUAAAAUCACUCAACGCUACAUCAGAUCCCUCUAAAAUCAAAUUUAACCCUAUUUCUCCCAAAAGUCCCUCCAAUACCUCCCAAAACUAUCAAAAACUCAUCAAUAAGGUCUCUGGAAACAGUAAAAAACGUGAAAUCUCUAACAGAAUCACGAAGGCCAUUACUCAAAUUACUCAUGUUAAAAUAUUCGAUUAAUUCCAACA